CCACGGCGCAGGAAGGCUGAUCAUUGGUGUAAUUAAUAAGCCCGUCUCACCUAAGGCGAAAUAGCACACGCGGAGCUCGUCCCUCGGUCUAGAUGCGUGUCACGAUCCGGGGUUGUCAUCGCAAUCGAUCAUAAUUAUUUCCGAACACCGAGCGCGAGUCGUCGUCUACGAGACCCGCUGCUUCUAUAUCGUCAUACGAGCUGCAGCGUUAUCUUGUAAAGACAAUAAUUACCACCUUUUCCAUUCUUUCGUGGUCUUGCCAGACAAACUACCUGCCUGACUUCAGCAAAAUGAGUCGGCCGACACUAAUCAAACCGCCGCCCUCAUCGGAGGGCAAAGCUCCGAUUGAAGAUGUUCUUGAACUCACGGCGCUGAACGACAUCGCGCCGGAUUUGUUCACCAACACGCGCAAAGUGUGGCAUCCGCCAGGAGCCCGAGGGAUCUAUGGCGGAGCCGUCAUUGCACAAUGUCUGGCUGCUGCGCAAAAGACGGUGCCGCCCAACUUCACCGUACACAGCAUGCACUGCUAUUUCGUGUUGAAUGGCAAUGCCGAUAUCCCGAUCAUUUUUCACGUAGAGCACGUAAGAGAAGGGCGGUCCUUUGCGACGCGAACAGUGCAAGCCCGCCAGCGCGGCCAACCCAUUUUCACCACCACUCUCAGCUUCACGCGCGACGGGUCUGGCGGCAAGCAGACUGUACAGCACCAGGCACGCAUGCCCAGUGAUGUUCCUCCUCCACCUGCAGAGAACGAGGAGCCCGCUAGUAUCUUACGAGGCGUCAAAUCGCCAUUCGUGACGCAGAAAGUCAGCAUCUUCAAUAACAACAGCGAAAAUCCGGAAGAGAAGCGAACGAGGCAAUGGGUCAAAUGCCGAGGCCGGAUCAGCGAUGAAGGUGGUCAUCAGGCACACCUUUCGGCUUUGGCAUAUAUGAGUGAUUCAUAUUUCAUCGGUACUGUCGCGAGAACUCACAAGCUCAUGCGAUACGAUGCUGUCGUGCUGAAACAGGGUGACAAGUCGGCGAAGCACUUGGUUCCGCGCAGUCUGGUCGACAAGCUCAAGGAAAUGGACAUUGAAACAUUGCGAAAAUAUGAGGAGAUGGAUGAUGAGCUCAUCGAUGCUAUCAAGACACUGGAUAUCAAAGACGGCGAAAUUGUAGGAUUGAAGGAGAAGAGACCAGAGAUCGGAAUGAUGGUCUCACUGGAUCAUUCCAUCUACUUUCACAACCCGAAAGCUUUCCGCGCGGACGAUUGGAUUCUGGCAGAGGCAGAGACACCAUGGGCAGGCGAGGGUCGCGGUUUCGUCAUGCAAAGAAUGUUUUCAAGGGAUGGAACUCUCAUCGCGAGUUGCGUUCAAGAGGGUGUUGUCCGGCUCAAGCAAGAACUUGACUCGAAAUUAUAGAACUUUUGUUUCUCACGCUUGAUAUCCACUUACAAUGUCCAUUUUGCGCCUUCGGUUGCCUGUGAGAUCCACAUAUUCGUAGAAGCUUCGCAACCACAGCCAGCAUUCGCUCGGGAUUAUCUCGAACCAACGAAGUGAUGAACCCGCUUCCGAUCACCCUGACCUCACAACGCUUGCGAAACGUCGAAUCAGCGAUUUGACAAACACCGCGACCCUGUCGCAUGUACGCUGCGGUGCCUCUUUGAAACGAACGGGAUCUAUAAUCUCACAAGCCGCACUUAGCUCGGCGAUGUGGUGUACAGAGAGGCCAGAGCUUCUUGAAUCAGAAGCACCAACAAUUUUCAUGACACCGUGCGACAGUAUAUAACAGAUAUGCAAUGACGUCAAAGGUAC